AUGGCCGUCGCGCCUAAUUGCAGCACAGCGAGUUUCAGGGGAAGCCCGCUCUCAGAUCAAGAAGGUCAGAAGCGAUUGGGGAGUUCUGGACUGAGAAGUUGUCCUAAAUUUUGGGUUGAGAUUCCAUCGAAAGGACGAGAACAAACUUCGUCCUCAGCAAAAUUACAGCUCGCUCAAUGCCAAAGAAUAUUUGAUAGAAAAACCGCAUCCUUCAGCUUUACUUGGCAGCGCACUGCUCCCAGAUACAAUGGAGGAAUCGACAACUUCCUCUGGGAGCGUCACAGUCUUCCCCCAACAUGUGACUACGCCGAGAUAUUCUUCCAAGACGAUCAAACAUCGCCUGCACCACGGAUGGUUCUCAUAACAUGCAGCACUACUUCAAAGGCACCGCAGAUAUCUUCAAUCAUGGACGAUCUGAAAUAUAUAUUGAAAUCUAGGAAAGCGGACGAUCCUAACAUGUGGCCGUUCAUUCUUCUGCUGCAAUCGAACCCCCAUAGCGAUGGGUAUAGCGUUCUUCCUAUUUUCAUUGUGCUUCAAGAGAUCAUUGUGGAUACUGCAAAUUUCUUGCAGCAAGCAUGGGAUGAGAUCAUAAAACUCUCAUUCUCAGGCCGAAACCACGCAUCAGUAUUAAAGGUCCAAUACUUAUGCCACCUCGACGACUGCCGCGAAAGCGCUCUCAUGGGAGUAAUCCACGCAUACUCCAUCACCAAAGACCUCAUCUCCAUCGUCAAACACCGAAAACCAAACCAAACACCCGCCACUAUUGAAGAAGAAUUUUUGAAGGAGAAACAGGGCGAUAUGGAGUUCUUGAUCGAACAGCUGGAGGAAGAUCUGAAAGAUAGGAUUCGUCUCGAGUCUAUUCAAAUGAAGGAACAUCGGAUGCUACUUCAAUGCCGACAGAUCUCCAUUCUCACUUAUCUGGCAUUCAUCUUCCUGCCCUUGGUUUUUGUAACAGGUAUGCUUAGCAUGAACAUCAGCAACCCCACAUUCGUCUCCCACAACCCCAACAAUUCCAACCCGGACCCAGCCCCGCAAACCACUCCCCGUUUCAAGCGCCAGGAACCAGUCAUAACCACCACUCCCUCAUCGACCUCUUCUUUGGGUUCAGUUGCGAGUUCAGUACUUGUCCUGGCGCAGAAUAUGAACAAUAUGACGACUGUGUUAGGUUCCAACCCGCAAGCUUACAUAUGGCCCUUCAAUUUAUUCCUCGCGCUAAUCAUCACAUUUUCUAUCAUGUCGGCAACGCUACCGCUGAUCGGACCCGGCUUAUUACGGAUUCUUUUGAGGCCUUAUAGGAGAGGCACCAGCUCGUGA